AUGGGGCUUGUGUCUGGAGCACGUCGACGAGCGACAUCAAAUGCUAGUAGCCGAGGAUCCGUCGAUGAAGGCAGAGGUGACCAAGGUGAAGAUGAGACCGUCAUUGAAGCCGACCAGGGAAAUGUGCUUGGGCAUAUCAUAUCCCAGCUCAGGCCCGGUGCAGAUCUGAGUCGAGUUACGCUCCCAACAUUCAUUCUUGAACCUCGUAGCAUGCUGGAGCGGAUAACGAACUUCAUGUGCCACCCCGAAAUGCUCCUACCUAUCCCAGAGAUGGACGAUCCCACCGAGAGAUUUGUUUCCGUCGUGAAGUUCUACCUCAGUGGUUGGCAUAUCCGUCCUCCGGGCGUCAAGAAGCCUCUGAAUCCUAUUCUUGGCGAGAUAUUCACUUGCUACUGGGACUUUCCAGACAACACAAGAGCAUACUAUAUUUCAGAGCAGACCUCUCACCACCCGCCGAAAUCGAGUUACUUCUACAUGGUUCCUGAACACCACAUCAGAGUCGAUGGAUGCCUAAAACCGAAGAGCAAGUUCCUGGGAAACUCGGCAGCAAGUCUGAUGGAGGGCACUGCUACCCUCACGUUCCUGAACAGGGGGAAGGACCCUCAGAAGGGCGAGCGAUACUUCCUCACACAACCGAACAUGUAUGCGAGAGGUAUCCUCUUUGGCAAGAUGAAGUAUGAGCUUGGUGAUCACAGUUUUGUUCGAUGUCCCGAGCUGGGCCUUGUCGCAGACUUGGAAUUCAAGACAAAGGGCUGGGUUGGUGGCACGUACAAUGCCAUAGGCGGCUUUAUUAGAAACGAGAAGACCGGCGAGACGCUAUACGAGUUCUCCGGCUUGUGGAGUGAUGAGAUGGUUAUCAAAAAUCUGAAGACUGGCCAUAAAGAUGCGUUCUUCAACGCACACCGCGCAAAGCCAUCGCCUCCUCAGGUCAGGCCCUUAGAUGAGCAAGACGAGAAAGAGUCCCAGCGACUGUGGCGCAAGACCGCACAAGCCGUUAAGGAUAGGAACCACGAACUCGCCACGGACGAGAAGACCCGGAUCGAGGAUGCGCAGAGAGACGAAGCCGCCAAGAGAGCCCAAGAAGGGGUUGAGUGGCAUCCGCGCCUCUUCAGAAGAGUCAGGGGUGGCCCCGGUGGCUCUGAAGAAGGGGAGGAAGACCUUGAAUGGAUAAUCAACGCAAAACUCGACACCUCCGACCCGAAGAAACAAAUCGAGCAAAUUCUGGACAUCUAUCCUAUCACGCCAGGCCAGAAGGCGAACAGCACUCACUCGAUUCCUCCCAGAGCUAGCAUAAGCGAGGCUCCACCACCUCAACCGAAGACCGACGACUUGAUAGAUUUCGGCCAGGACGAUACCCCAGCGGAGCUUCCCAAGCCUAUGCAGCACCAAAUCAAGGACGACCCCAAGAUAGAAAGCACGGGGGAGAUUUCAGGGAUGCUCAAGUCUACUGGCAAGGCAUCUGAAGGACCGCUGAUCGAUUUUCAUAAUGAUCUGAAGAAAAGUGUUCCUAACAUUCGAAGAUCAGACACGACCGGGUCUAAUGACGUCUUCGUAGAUGCAAAGGAGUAG